AUGAAAUCUUUACUAAUCAUAUCAGUAAUUGAAUGGACGGAUACAUAUCCGGUAGCGGAACCAGCGGUGGUCUGUCCCGAACCUAAUGGUGUGGUUCGUAACCCAUAUGACUGCCACACAUACUAUCAGUGCCGUAACAAUUGGCCACAAUUGCAGAGCUGUCCCAAUGGCCUGUUGUUUGAUUCAAUAUUUGAGUGGUGCGAUGAGGCCCGGUAUGUGACCUGUUAACCAC